CACUUCUACACGCAUACAUACAUACAUAUAUGACGUAAUGUCACUAAUUGUGAAACUGAUAACAUUUGAAGCAGUGAUUUUUGGCCUUCAGUAAUUUAUUAUACACGUUUGGGCAUACUUAGAUAAAUAGCGCAAUAUUUAAAUGAAAUGUUAUUAGUGUUGAAUUAUACAAAGUUUUUGUUGUACGUGAAUCAGCAAGCUGACGAUAUAUUCAUGAAUAUUGUUGAAUUGUUAUCACAACUCUUAUCCUGCCCUUGCCUGUUACUGAUAAUAGAAUAUUGUUGUUUUGUUCUUCUUUUUUUUUGAUAAUUUACCGCUAUUGGUAAAAAUGUGAAAAAUGAUUGACAAUUGUGGCUCAUACAGAAUUUGGACCUCGCGCGGUUAUAUUCACAACCACUUGAUAAUUGGUUUUUCGCAUAUUCGGAAGUUACUUAGCGAUUUUUUAAUUUUAUAACAAUGCAACUUCGUAAUUUAUUUUUAUUUGUGUUGGUGUUUGGUUUUGAAAAAUCUUACUCACAGAGUGACUCGAAAUUGGAUCCACGUAUCAUAAAUGGAGUAGAAGCACCUGUAUCGAGAACCAAAUUUCAAGUAUCUAUACGACUGAAAACAUAUGAUCGGAUAUUUGGAAAUGGACACAUCUGUGGUGGUUCAUUAAUCGGGCCAAACAAAGUGGUAACGGCUGCACAUUGUUUAUAUAACUCAGAUAAAAAGCGUUAUCGGAAGGCGAGCGAAUUUGUAGUUGUAAUGGGCACACAAAAUCGUUUUAAACAAGUGAAUGGUACAAUUGUUUCAUAUGUCAGUUCGAUUGCUUAUACGAACUCCUUUAGUUUGGAUACAAUGCGUGAUGAUGUUGGUGUGAUGUUCUUAAAGACAGGACUGCCGGCGAAUAAAACUCAUUUGACUAUAUCACCGAUUGUACUGAGUAAUUCCUCAAUUGCGGCGGGCAGUCAAUGUCAGGUGUCUGGUUGGGGUAAAACUUCAACGGGUGUGCUAUCAACCGAAUUGAUGAUGGCUAAUGUCAGUAUUAUACAACAGAGCGUUUGUAGGGCCUCAUAUGGAAGCGGUCUUGUUCAAGGCAUGUUAUGCGCCGGUUACUUAUUGGGUGGCACCGACUCAUGUCAAGGUGACUCUGGUGGUCCGCUGGUUUGUAACGACGAGCUGGUCGGUAUUGUGUCCUGGGGUAAUGGCUGUGCACAACCAGGAUAUCCCGGUGUUUACACAAAUGUUAGCUACUAUCGUAAUUGGAUUGAAAGCCGCAAUUCUUCAGCACCAGUGGGUUUCAAAUUUGGUGUCAUAUCGUUAAGUUUUACAUUGGCUAUGGGUUAUUUAUUUUAAUGCUAAUAAUAAACGACUUUAUUUAUGUAAAUACAUAAGUAGGAUUUUAUAUUUUCAUAGUAACUAUUUAUAUAUGUAUAUGUAUGUAAAUAUAUAUUUUUUAAAAUCUUUACAAACAAA